AAUAUCAUUGACUUUGAGAGCGAAGAAGAAAGUUCUCCUGUUCGGUGUAUGCGUCCUGUUAAUCAUAUCUGUAAUAUUAGCCAUCGUUAUAGUAUUAAUUAUUCAACGAGAAGGAUGCGACAUCAAGUUCAAUAGUCUUUCGGAACUCGGACAUUACAGGCAGGUAAUUAUCGCUCAAUGACGCUUUUGAAUCGAUAAGCUUACAAAUGACAAUAAGUGAAACGAAGAUAGAAAGUGCAACGUCACUGGCAAUAUCAAUGAAAAGAGAAUGGAUCUUACUGCAAGUCGCGAUAAUUGAUGAUCGUACAAACAGGCAGCAGUAUCGACGAAUGGACAGGAAUGCGCUCAAAUAGGCGUCGGUAUAUUGAAAAAAAAUGGAAGUGCGGUUGAUGCUGCGAUAGCUACUCUUCUCUGCGAGGGUGUAGCUUCAUUGCAUAGUAUGGGAUUGGGUGGUGGUUUUCUGAUGACAAUAUGGGAUGCAGAAAAUGGAACGGCCAACUACUUGGAUGCGAGAGAAACGGCUCCUGCUGCGGCCGAGGAAAAUAUGUUUAACGGAGAUGCCUAUUUGUCGAUGUACGGUGGUUUGGCAGUAGCCGUACCAGGCGAAUUACGAGGAUACUGGGAAGCACAUAAAAGAUAUGGCAAAUUAAAAUGGAGAGAAUUGUUCGAGCCAACGAUAGCAUUGUGUUUGAGAGGCUCUGUUAUCAACGAUUAUCUUUAUACCUACCUCGUCAAUAAAGAAUCUAAAAUUAAAGCACAAAGUACUUUGGCCGAGAUCCUUAUCAAUCCUGCUACUAAACGGCCAUGGAAGGUAGGUGAAAAAAUAAAAAGAACAAAAUUAGCCGAAACAUUGAGACUAAUAGCAAAUAAUGGACCAGAUAUAUUUUAUAAUAGCAGCAUGACCGAUGAAAUGGUUGCUGAAAUUCGAUCUUUCAAUGGUAUAAUAACCAAAGAGGAUUUUGAAACUUAUAGUGUCAAGUGGAGAAAACCAAUCGAAGUUACUGUCGAUGAUUUAACGAUUUAUACAGCACCUCCACCUGGUUCCGGAGUAAUUCUCGCGUUUAUUAUCAACAUUCUUCAAAAUGUCGUACCAAUUAAUGACCAGAAUAUCAUGUGGCAGCGCAUCGUUGAGACGUUCAAAUGGGCUUACGCAAAAAGAACAGAAUUGGGUGACCCUGAAUUUGUUGACAUUGAACGUUUGUUAACUAAUCUGACAUCCAAGGAUUAUGCAAGAAUAAUCAAAAAUGAAAUCAAUGACUACGAAACGAGUAACGAUCCUAAACACUAUGGCGCCGUUACGGCAACGACUAUGGAUUCUGGAACAGCUCAUGUCUCUGUAUUGGCACCUGAUGGUUCUGCGGUAUCGGUCACUUCUACGAUCAAUCAAGUUUUCGGAGCAAUGAUUCGCUCGAAAUCUACCGGGAUAAUAUUCAAUGACGAAAUGGACGACUUCAGUUCGCCAGAUAUAACCAACGGAUUUGGAGUUCCUCCAUCACCAGCGAAUUUUAUUCGGCCAGGCAAGAGGCCUUUAAGUUCUAUGAGCCCAACGAUAGUGGUAGGUAAAGACAAAGUAGUUCGAUUGGUGAUCGGUGCCGCAGGUGGUACAAAAAUUACGACGGCUAUUGCUACCAGCAUGAUUUUAAAUCUAUGGGGUGGAUAUAAUAUAAAGGAAGCGAUCGAUUCUUAUAGAAUUCAUCAUCAGUUAUUACCGAUGAUAGCUCAAACAGAAAAAGGUUUUUGUCCCGAUAUUAUACAAUAUUUACGUAAAGUUAAACAUAAUGUAACGACCUUUACGGGAAUAGGAAGCGCCGUCACAGCAGUAGCAAAUGAUGCAAAUGGUAUAACAGCAAAUUCAGAUUAUCGAAGACAAGGAAGUGUGGCUGGAUUUUAAUCUUUGUCCUGCUUUUGUAUCAUUUAAAUGACUUUCAUACAGAAAGUAUACGAAUAGUUAAUUUCUAUACACAAUUCUUAUCUUUUUUUUUUUUAUGUGGAUUAAGAUGUAAAACAGAAUAUGAAAUAGUUGAAAUUUUAUGAAAAGUUUUAUUCCUAGACUGACAGUUUAAAUUAUUCAUAAAACAAAAAUAAACUAUAUAUUAAUUCGUAACAUCCUAAAAUAUUAAAAUAAUAAACGAACAACAAAAGGAUAAUAAAAAUUAAGUUAACUGCAUAUAAAUAAUAUUUUAAAAAUUGAAAUAAUUAUCUUUUCAUGACACUACUGUACGAAUUCAUUAUAAACUGUGAUUUUAUUGUAUUAUAUAAUAAAACAAGAAACCAGUAAUUAUUUCAAA